AAUCACUCGGUUGAUUAAGUGACUCAUAAUAGUGCAAGCUUUUCCUGACAAAAUACGUAUUGAAACAUAUUAACUUAAUCACAUACUAAUGUUACUUCAUUUAGUUAUACACAUCACUUAAAUUGAAACAUGAUCAAAUUUAUUGAGGCUAAUGUGCACAAUCAACGUAGGCAACAUAUUUUAACUAAUUAUCAUAUUUGCGUAUACAAGGAAAUUUGCACAUUUUUUCCUUUCAAAUUCUGAUCUUUUUCAAUCUAUAUAAGGAAGUUGGGGGUUUGGCUUUCUUCGAACAUCAAACAGUAAAUAGUAAAUUGUGUUGGCAUGUCUGCUUUUGGAUAAAUCCUUUAGUUUCUUGAAAUGCUUUUUCCAUGUAUCAGAAAAUGUUUAAUUUUUAACAGUAAACUAUGUUUCACAUCUACUUUUGAGAUCAGUAUAUCUACUUAAUCUGCACUCCUGUUUUCAUGAUAUCUGACUAUCUUUGCUCUAACCUCAUUUAGUACUUUUUUUUUACUUUCCAGAAUCAUUUAGGGAGUGUUUCAGCAAGUUUGGACUGGUAGCUGAUUCUGUACUAAUGUGUGAUAAACACUCUGGAAGGCGAGGAGUGUUUGGAUUUGUUAUAUAUGCUGACCUGGAAAUUGCAGAUACAGUUUUUGAAGGAAAACCAUACCAUAGAUGGUAAAAAGGUGUACGUGGAGAAAGCAUUAACUAAAACAACGAGAAUUUAUGUUGGUGGUCUUCCAUUAUCUUUAACUCAAGAUGACUUGAAGGAAUGUUUUUCUUCUUAUGGCAAUGUUGUGGGGCAUCAGAUUGUUUUGGAUACAAGAACUCGUCAGAGCCGACGUUUUGGCUAUGUGAGUUUUGAUAAAGAGGAAGCAGUUGAAAAAGUUUAAUCUGACGGCCAUAGGCAUGAACUUCGUGGCAAACAAGUUGAAAUUAAGAGGGCUGAUCGUGCUCAACAUACAAGUGAAAGCCAGAUAUAUCAUGGUGGGAGUGGUUCAAAAUCAUAUUAUAGCGAUGGUGGUUCUGAAGAGUCUUUUGGUGGUGGAUAUGGUGGAAAUAUGGGUAGAGGUUAUGGUGGGUACGGAGGAUAUGAAGGAUAUGGUGACUAUGGCGGGUAUGGCAGGUUUGCAGGAAGUUAUGGUGUAAGUCCUACAGGAUUUUACCCUGGAUACGGUUAUGGAUUUUGGUUUAAUGGAGCUAUGUAUGGCGCAGCUGGUUACGAAGGCAGCACCUAUGGUAUACCUUCCUACUAUGGUGGUGGUAGUGGUUAUUGGAACAGUGGUAACAUUUCGAAUGAUGAGGGCAACAGAGGAUAUGGAGGUGGUGGCGGAAAUGGUGCCUAUGCAUAUGGGAACGCCAGUGCUGAUAAUGGAAGGUCUGUGCCUGCCUACUAUGGUGGUGGUAGUGAUGAUGGGAGCAGAGGUAACGGCUCGAAUGAUGGGUGCAACGGAGGAUAUGGAGGUGGUGGCUAAAAUGGUGCCGCCGGUGCUGAUAAUGCAAGGUCUCAUCCUUCUUUGAAGUGACAAGAUCACCUCCAAGGCUGCAAAUAUUUGAUGACUUUUGACCACUAACUUGUAGUAAGAUAGAUGUAUUAGCCUGUUAGCUUUGGGAUGUAAAGAUAGCAUAGUCUCUGUUUUAACUUUUACAAGUUAAUCAACCAUCUUAUAUUGUAAGAAAAGUAGGUUGAGAACCUUGUGAUUCAAGUAUAGAUGACAAUUUUAUAUGAAAACUGAAUGCCUGUGGCUUGUGGA